AUGGGAUUUUUCCGCUUCCUUAACUGCUGCACUGCAGUGCCAGUGGAUGGAGUUCAUGGAGGGGUGGUGGAGAGCACCCAGGAGAUUAGGAAGAAACUCAAGAAGUACAAACUUGAGGACUUGAAGAGAGAGCUGGGGGCUUUGGGCAUUCAGCCCGAUGAGGACCGUAAGAAUGAGAAGAAACUCAAGAGGGAGCUGAGGAAGGUUCUCCUGAGGGAACUGAAGAGAACGGAGCUGGAGAGAGCCGAACGGAGGCGAGGGCGGGCGGAGGGGGACCCAGAGGCAGAGAAAGGAGCCGAGGAGCCUGCAGAUGGAGGAAGGGCAGCUGGUCUGGACAACGCUGAGCAGCAGGAUGGAGACUCGGCUGCAAAUGGUCCAAUGAAGGAGAAGGGUCAAAAGGAGAAAGAUGCCCUGCUUAUCGACCUACUGGCUGACAUGACUGACAGCGUGGACGAGGUCAAUGGUAUCCUAAGCGAGGCCGGAUGUGUUCUGAGGCUAGUUAAAGCAGCUGGGGUGACCAAUCCAGAGGAAAAGGACAUUGACCAGGAUAUGGUGGCUGUCCUGGAUGACCUGUUGGACAAGGUUGACUCUAAUAUGACUCUGACAGGAGAGCAGCAGGGAGAGAAGGACAGUGAAGUAGUGGCAGUCCAUUCUGAUAUGGUAGCCAAGGUUGACUCCAUCUCAAAUCAAGCUGCUACCAAGAUUAACAGGAAUGUGGAGGACGCCACUGAAGUCUCUGCCGUGCUAAAUGACAUUCCAGAUGGGGUGGAUAAUGCUAUGAAUCUGGAAGCUGAGCAGAAAGCAGAGAGGGACCGUGAGGUGGAGGCCGUCCUCUCUGAUGUUUUAGUCAAAGUUGAUUGUGUCUCAAAGCAACAAAGAGCAAGAGAGGAGGGAACAGCUGAAGCGAUUUCUGUUCUUGAUGACCUCCUGGAUGGCGUAGCCUCUGCUUUGAAGCUAAAAGAAGAAAAGCAGGAAGUGAUAUCCGAAAUAAAGACUGUCCUGAACAACAUUCUUGAAGACGUGGACUCUAAUCUGAAUUUGACCACAACACUGAAAGGAGAGGAGAAGGAGGGCACGUCUGUGGCGAAGGCUGUGCUUACUGAUCUCUUGGACAACGUAGACUCUGCUCUGACAGAGCGGGACAAAGCUGCCACUGAGAUGGCCCACAUAGAGCCUAAGGGUAUUCUGGAUAUGGUGGACACUGACCUGAAUCUGAUCAAAGAACUGGACGCGGUUAGAAAGGAGGAAAAGGAGAAAACUGAGGCUAUGCACUUGGAUGGAGGUGAAGCAGCACAUAACAUCAAGCUGGACAUGCAACUUCUUGAGGGUCUGCCACUGGCUCAAGCUGGGCACCUGAGUGUAGGAGAAGCUGCCGCCAAAGACAAGAUGGAGGACAAAGAAGCACAGGAAGAUGAUGAGAGUGUUUUACCAGCUGAACACAAACACAAACACAAGACGAGGAGAGGAAAGCGAGGCAGGGGAGCCAAGAGAGGAGCGAAAGCUAAAGAGACCAGGGAGAGUGACCACCCAGGCGGUCAAGACGUAGACAACGAGAAAAGGAAGGAGCCCGAGAGGCAGGGCGACCGAGCAGGAAACAACGUGCUAUGGAGACCCGCUGCUGUGGACAGGCAGUGGAGGGGACAGAGGUUUGGGCCCAGUGGACACAGAAAACAAUCCAGCCAUCAGCCUGUCCGAGAGGACAAGAAGGGAGAGAGGGUGGAGAGGCAAAGAAAACCACCAACUGAGAGAGGACAGAGGCGCGGACAGGAGGUGACCACCCCAGCACAGAGGCACGGGAACAAACAGCCCCAGGACAUGGGAAGGAACCGAUUGAGAGAGAGAGAUAACACAGAUUGGAACGGAAGGAUGGAGAGAGGAACCAGAGCUUGGUGGAACAGGGCCUGGGAGCAGGAGAGCCAGGCUGAGCAUGGCUGGUAUGGUAGAGAUGGGUACUGGUACUGGGCUGGCCCGAGGAGGGGACCUGCAGUGGACAGGAGAGACCGAGGAGGAGACCUGCAAUAGAAGACCACAAGCAGAGGAAGCACAGUCAUGAUUAGCCUGCCUGAUAAGUUUGCUGCUGCUGCUGGAGUCUUGUAGACUUCUACUGUGCUACAAAAUCUCCCUUUUAUCACAUUAAAUCAAAAUCACAAUCAUUAUCACUCUUUAUU